AAAAUAAGAAACCCUUUCUCAACAAUUCUUCUUCUUUCGAGUUUCAACCAAUAGUUUCCCAAUCCCGUAUUUUCCCAGUGAAUCAAAGCCUCCUCCUCCCUCCAUUGAAACACAUGCAGAGCUCAAACUUAAAACUCCCAAACAGCAAAUCAGGAAAGAACGCUACCCAGACAAAUCGUUGUAUACAGUAAGGCGCAAAAUGUUUGGUAUUUCGUACGGAGAGCUCUUCCUCUUGAUCGGAGCCACAGCUGCUCUAAUCGGACCAAAGGAUUUGCCUAGAAUUGCUAGAACAGCAGGGAGGUUAGCGGGUCGGUCAAUCGGGUAUGUUCAGUUAGCUAGAGGCCAAUUCGAUAAUGUCAUGCAGCAGUCUCAAGCCCACCAGGUUCAUAAAGAACUUCAAGAUGCAUUCGCUCAACUAGAGUCGAUUCGUUAUGAAGUCCAGAGUAUAUCACUUAUGAAUCCUGGUCCUAUGGCUCGAAGGCUGAUGGAUAAUCCUCAAGACCCGGCUUCUCUGAGUGAUUGUAGUAUCCUUAGUAGCCAUACAUUGCAGGAUGAUACUUUCAGAACCUCAGACUCACCUAAUUUGCAUAGCCAAGCAACUGCGUAUGCAAAGUUGGCUGAAUCUGAUGUUGUGAAGACUGGCUCUUUGAAGAGCAGUGCAGAGCAAGAAAACCUUAAAGAUGAAAGUGGUCUUUUCAUUGUCCUCCCAAUUUCAGCUGAAAGCACUGGGAUGCUACCAAAUCGCAAAGAGAAUGUUAAGGGAACAGACAUUGUGUUGGAAGCAUUAGUUGAAGCAGAGGUAGCACGUAAUGCCAAAGAUUUCUUUUCACAGCCUGAAAAUCAAAUACAGUGAACUGAAAAGGUGGUGUUUGAUUCAAAGGAAUUAACUGCAAUGGAAUGCAAUCAUUGCCAUUGAAAGCUCCAUUAGAAUGUUCGUUUUGGCAAUAUGACUCUUGAAAGCCCAUUCCUAUAACUGUUGGUGGACCAUUUCCAAAAUAAAAUGGGUGGAAAGCCCGUUCGAACAUGAUGCCCAUUGGAUGCCAACACCUCAAGCUCUAGGAGUUCCCUUCCAUGGUUUUCGCUUCUCGGUCUCUCACCUCAAGCUCAACCAGUUCACUUUCAUGGGUUCCCAUUUGUAUUUUGAAGACCUGAUCAACAGGAUUCUUUCACCAACAGACUCUGAAACCAGUCUACAGAAUGAUAUUAGUUUUUAGAUUUUAGUCUAUAAUUCUUGUUCUGUUGCAGAUAAGUCUUUGAUCAAGCAUAUAUAAUAUAUAUCAUCCCUGUAAAGAACACCAAUAUCAUAUUGAGUUAUUAAUGCAAUCUACAAAUUUGCCA